CUGAACAGAGAACAAGGAAGCAACGUGCUGAACCAUAAUAACUCCAACACAGCAGCGCUGAGGGACACGCAGCCACGAUACGACGGGGAGCCGAGGACACGCGGACCACUCUGCGUAUCUACAGACUAUUUAAACAUUUAUUUAUUUAUUUAAAAAGCACAUCAUGAAAAGAGAGGUGAAGACUGGAGUCAACUUUCUCAAACGCCUGGUUGUGGCACGUGGCAAGGUUGAUGAAGCCAAAGCAGAAUUGUUUGCUGAGAAGCUCCAGAAACUUUUAUGUGACAAAUAUGCUGACCACUGGUACCCUGACUGUCCCAGCAAAGGCCAAGCAUACAGAUGCAUACGGAUAAAUAAUGGAGCACUUUGUGACAAAGAGGUCCUGAAGGCAUGUGAGGAGAGUGAGCUCACACCCAGUGAGCUGGCAUUACCGUCUGAAAUCACUCUGUGGAUCGACCCACUGGAGGUGUGUGCAAGAUCUGGAGAGAACAGCAGGCCCUUCACAAUAGCCUGUUUCACAGAGGAAGAAGAAGAUGAGAAAGGCGUGAAGGGAGAACAGGACGACUCCUCGGUGGACUCAAUAAACCUGGACACGUCAGAUUACCACUCUGCUACCUCUUCAGACUGUGGUUCCACUGCAUCGAGUGACACAGAGGAGGAGGCAAAGGAUGGCGAGAUGGAGGGAGAACCAGAAAAAGAAGAGAAGGAGGUUGUCAAGAAGGAAGCAGCAGAAGGCGACACCUACACGAUAGUGAUGGUGCCCAGGAUUCGGAAGCGACAUGGAGAGGGACCAAAUAAGGUCAAAUACGUCAGAAAUUUGCUCCCUGCUAGCCUCCAGUACUUCUACCACCCUGCACCAGUUUGGCCUCAGUACAAAAAGGGCGCUCCAGUGUUUCUCACCACAGUGUGUGCACCUCCGGCUGCGCCGCCUCCGCCACAGCAGGUAUUUGGCUACUACAUCUUGCCGCAGCCGUCUCCGCAGUUCAUUCUGCCUCAGGCCGCUCUGCAGCCCUGGGGAGCUGUGAAGGGUUAAACCAUCCAGGAACUGUGGGGUGAAGGCGGAUAGAGCAUUAUAAGCUCCUUCAACUGAGCCGUGUCCUGUCAGGUCUCUGAGUUCAGCUAAACUUGGGCCAAAAAGAACAUUUUCACUGUAUAGCUCACAGUUAUUCCUUGCACAGCCUGUAAUAAUUUAUCUUCCCUUUUAAAAUCUGGUGACUUGUAACUGAUCGCUUGUGCUCCACUGAACUUGAUGAAAACUGUUUUGCUUUUAGCUAUUUCUUAAACUGUCAGAUCUGCACUGCUGAUUUUUUUUUUUUAAACGUACUGUAGAUGUUAAAAAUGACUUCAGUCACGGGGUGCUUGGACUAGCUCAGGGACUCUCAGCAAUAUGCUCAAUGCCAAAUAAUUAUCUUUUCAUUUGUUAUUUCUGUUCUGUUAUUUCUAUGUGAUCCACUGUGUGUCCUUCACAGUUAAUCAGUGUAAAAUGUGAUUCAGGGUCUUUUCGUAGCUAGAGUAACAAUAUCUGUAUAUUAAGAAUAAUAUUUUUACUAAACUGAUUGUAAAUAAUUUAGACAGAUUGAUGCACACUUUCUAAUAUUACUGUAGUUUUGUUGUAAUUUAUUUAGCCACCAGUAGAUGGCACUCAACUCACAGCUAACACAUGAAAUUGUAUAUUUUUUUAUUAACAGUGGCUGCUCAAUAUCGAUUCACAGAAUACAAAAAUGGUUUCACACUGCUUAAACACUUUUUGCUGUCAACACAAUGUACCGAUAUGCUCCUUAAUCAGCUGUAUCUCUUUUAUGGCCUGCUUAAAGCUGUGUUGGUUUUUUUGUUUUUAUUGGGAAAAAAAACCUCGUUGGUGAAAAUCCGCUUUUGCUACAGAUCAUGAGCACAAACACAUUUCCCUCACUGAUUCUUAUGUACUGAGAUUAUUUAAGUAUUUUUAUUAAGCAUAUUUAUUUACUACCCAUGCAACUUUGCAGCUCAUCUGCCGGCCUAAGCAUCGUUUUGUUUUUGUAUUCUGCAUCAGCCAUUUACUUUUUUGUUUUUUUUUUUUUUUACUGCAGCGGAUUAAAGCAACUUAUUCCUA